AUGUCGGUUGCCAACAAGGCUGUUGCUAGUUUGUGGGCUGCUGCUAUUAUUGGAAGCUGGUGCAACUUUUUGACUGUGAUUUAUAUCGGUUUUGUGGCUGCACACACAUUGCCCAUUCUGUAUGAAAGAUAUGAAGAUCAAGUUGAUGCCUUUGUGUAUAAAGUCCUCGACCAGCUUCAACACAACUACCGAAAGCUCGAUGCUCGUGUCCUUAGCCGAAUCCCUACUCACAAGUUCAGGGGAAAGAAAGCCGACUAG